CUGAAAUUGAUGACAUUUCUUCAUUUGAGACGUGGUGGUGAAUUGGGCAUUUCUAUGCAACAAUCAGCAACUAUAGAAGGAUUAUAAUCUAUUUCAAUAAAUCUUGCUGCUGACUGAGACAGACAUCAGCUUCUUUUCCAAAGAUCCAGAAGCUCCCUUGUUCACGCCGACAAGCUGUUCAGUUACCUGGGAACGAACUGUAUAGUUGCAAGCAAGCAGAAGGCCUUUGUAGUUGUCUUUUUUUUGCUGCAGAAACAUUGAUAAAGCAGUGUUUUGUGAACUCAAGUGCUUCAUAGGAAUUUCAUCCAAGUUGGAAACCGAUACAGAAUUUGAAGGAAGAUCUGAUAUUUUGUUUCAUCUUCAGUAAUUGGGGAGGUAGUGUGAGGCCUGAGGUGCGGGGAACGCAAGAGAUGCGGUCAAGGGCAUUUUCAACCACUGAAGAGGGGACGUUGCUGUCCUGGAAACAAGAGGAAAUCUGGAUGUUCGGGAGAGGAUUGCCUCAUCUUGGGAGCAGAUGUGGUGGAGGCAGAGGAAUUGGGGACAGGGGAUUGCAUUCUUGCAGGAAGCAGAAUAGCAUGCAAAAAUGAACUGCAGCUGUGAGGUGCAUGAACGUGUCAAACAUUUUCAGCUGGUGCUCUACAUUCCUGCUUUCAUCAUUGGAUUGAUACUCAAUGUAUUGGCCUUGCAAACAGUCUGCUGGAAAUUUAAAAAAUGGACAGAAACAACAAUUUAUAUGACAAACUUAGCUGUUUCUGAUGUUAUGGUGCUUUUCACUUUACCUUUCCAUAUUUACGCUUAUCAACACAUUUAUGUUAAUAAGACUUUAUGUACAGUAGUUGUAAUUCUGCACGGAAUUAAUUUUUGCAUGAGUAUAUUUAUUAUAACUUUCAUAAUCAUAGACAGGUACAUUGCAAUAAAAUACCCAUUUAAAGCAACAGUGUUGAGAUCACCAACGAAAGCAGUAGUGGUAUCUGCUGUGAUCUGGAUUUUUACAAUUGUGUGGACCAUUAGUUUUACACUUACUUUUCAUUUUCCACCCAAUGAAGCCAAUGGUACAGACUUAGUUAUGGCCUGCAUUGCAAAACCUUUAACCAUAAACUCUUCUGUUGUUCCAAAUUUAACACUACAUUUAGUUAUUCCACUGAUCAUUGUGGCUGUUUGCUCAUUUGGAAUUAUCAAAGCCCUUCAGCAAAGGAACAUGUCAAAUCCAGGAGGUUUUAACACAAAAAAAACAAUGCGAAUCAUUGUUGCAAAUGCUGUUGUCUUUAUUGUUUGCUUUCUGCCUUUCAACAUCAUAAUUUUUGUUCAAAUUAUAAUGAACUACAUGCAAAUGGAUUGCGCCACACUGAGUCAGGUGUGCCCUUUCUAUCAAGUGACAAACUGUAUAGCUAAUAUCAACUGCUGCCUUGAUGGAUUUUGUUUUUAUUUUGUCACCAUUGAAGCAUCUGAAUAUUACCAAAAUCAAGAUCAUCAGCAAAAGGACUCUGGUCAGAACAUCACAUUUCUCUCACUGUGGAGGUCUGACUAGUGGAAGAACUGUUUACUCAGGGUUUAAUUCCUGAUCUAUAUUGCAUGGUCCAAGGAGACAUAGGCUAACUGAUAUAGUUAUAAUCUGCUGUUAAUGCUUACAUCUGAUUAUGAAAAUUCGAAAACUACAGACACUUUUCCAACAAACAUUCCUUCCCAGCUUUACGUGCUUUUAUUUACACAAAACCACAGUC